AUGCCAGACCUUCCGGGAAAUGGCGACUCGGACAUAGACAAGGGCGCCAGUCCUAAUGAAAGACUUCUGUGGGCAGCCAAACAAAACUCGGAGAUGUUAUUCAAAGAAGUCGAAGAAAAGGGGGGGUACGACAUCAACUUCAAAGAUAGUUCAGGAAACACGGCCCUACAUCAUGCGUGCGUCCAUUAUCUCCACAAUUAA